AUGGUUGAUUCACUGGUCUCGCUUGCCAUAGAAAAAUUGGCCAAAGUUCUUGAAGAUGAGGCGGUUUUGUUGGUGGGUGUCACCAACGAGAUCAAAAAGCUUUCCAAUACGUUCACCUUGAUCCAAGCUGUGCUUAAAGAUGCUGAAACUCGGCGAGUGAAGGACGAAGCUGUGAAGAAGUGGUUGGAGAAUCUCAAAGACGUGGCCUACGAUGUGGAUGACAUACUAGAUGAAUGGAUGACGGAAGCUCUCAAAUCACAAGCACCUGAUGAAGAUGGUGUGUCCUGUUUCAGUAAGAAGAAGGUAACAAGCUUCCUGUCACCUGUUAACUGCUUCAAUCAUGUCGCGUUACGCCACAAAAUUGGGAGUAGGAUAAAGGAGGUGAAGGGUAGAUUAGAUGAUAUCGAAAAAGAUAAGAACCAAUUGGGUCUUAAAGUAGAUAGUGGGGAGAGGGAGAGAGUGGAGAGUGAAGUGAGGCGGGGAGAGCGAGAGACAGGCUCCCUGCUCGACCAACCGUCAGUUGUCGGCAGAGAAGAUGACAAAAAUGAAGUCCUGCACUUGUUGCUGAGGGAGAGUAGUGGAGAGGUGAAUGAGGUGCCCUUCGUCAUUUCUAUCGUUGGAAUGGGGGGGUUGGGGAAGACCACCCUUGCUCAACUCGCCUAUAACGAUGAGGAAGUCAAGCGGCAUUUUGAGAUGAGAAUGUGGGUAUGCGUUUCUGAAUAUUUCAAUGUGAAACAGAUUACAGAAUCAAUUAUAAAAUCUGCAGACACUGAGUUUAAGGGCAAAAACUUAAACUUGGAUCGAUUGCAACUUUGCCUCCGGGAAAUGUUGCAUGGAAAAAGAUUCUUGAUUGUGCUUGAUGACAUUUGGUGUGAAGAAAGUGAGAAGUGGGACAGACUGAAACCUCCCUUCCAAGAUGGUGCAUCCGGGAGUCGAAUCGUCGUAACUACUCGUAAUGAAAAGGUUGCAUCAGCGAUGGGAGGGGUUCGCAUACACAAGCUGACUGUCCUAUCCGAUGACGAUUGCUGGUUAGUGUUCUGGCGCAGAGCGCUUGAGCAUCGGAGUGCAGAAGAGCGUUCAGAGUUGGAAGCGAUUGGAAAGGAAAUCGUAAAGAAGUGUGGAGGGCUGCCUCUCGCAGCAAAGACAAUAGGGAGUGCCAUGCGCUCAAGAACGACGAGAAACGAGUGGGAGCUUGUCUUGGAAAGCGACAUAUGGAAUUCACAUGAUUUCUUACAAGGCAUUUUACCAGCUUUGUUACUCAGCUACCAUGACUUGCUUCCUGCUUUGAAGCAAUGCUUCGCAUAUUUCUCCAUCUUCCCCAAAGAUUGGGUGAUAGAGAAGGAUGUGACAGUGAAGUUAUGGGUGGCACAAGGUUUUAUCCGAUCCGAAGAAAUUGGUGGUCGGUAUUUCAAUGAUCUACUAAUACGGUCGUUGCUUCAAGAUGCAGAACUGGACGAUGACAAGAACAUAGUCAAGUGCAAGAUGCAUGAUUUAGUUCAUGAUCUUGCAAAAUCCGUUGCAGGAAGUGAAUGUUCACUGGUGGAUAUCAGAGAACAAGCCUCGCUGAACCCAAGCAAUCUCCGCCAUUCUUUUUUAUAUGUCAGUGAUGAAGAAGUGGCUUCCAUUUGGCCCACCUUGUAUAAGGCUAACAAGUUGCGGACGUUGCUAUGCGACUCAAGAAUCUACAUGCCUAGGGUGCCGAACAAUUUAUUUAAUCAUUUCAGACACCUUAGGGCAUUGGACUUGAGUUACACUAGCAUUCAGAAAUUACCUGGAACAGUAGGAAAAUUGAAGCAGUUGAGAUAUCUUGAUUUAUCUUUGACAGACAUAAAGAAGUUGCCGGAGGGGGUGGGAAAAUUGAAGCAGUUGAGAUAUCUUGAUUUAUCUCAGGCAGAGAUAGAGGAGUUGCCUGAGGAGGUGAGUAAUUGUGUAAAUUUACAGACCUUGAAACUGCAUUACUGUCGUCAGCUAAAAAAGCUUCCGAAAGGGUUGGGAAAAAUGAUUAACCUGCGACAUCUAGAUUUAGAAGGCACUGACGAGCUGAAGUACUUACCGCAGGGCAUAGGGAGGCUAAGUAGCCUUCGGACGAUAACAAAGUUGAUAGUGGAGGGUGGCAUCGAAGGAUGUAAAUGGGGAGAAGUGAAACAACUGAUCAAUCAUCUUCAAGGAAGACUCCAAAUUAUUGGGUUGGAAAAAGUCAAGAGCAGGGACGAAGCUAGGGAGGCAGAACUGUAUAAGCAGCAGGAUAUUUAUGCUAUAUUAUAUGAAUACAGAGGUGAUGAAGCGUUGGAUGAUGAUGAGGUGAACAGAAUGGAGGUCGUGCUUGAAAUCCUGAAGCCCCACACAAACUUGAAAAGGUUGAAAAUAGAGGGAUACAGAGGUUGGAACCUUCCCAAGUGGAUAGAGGAUCCGGUGUUCUCCAAUCUAGUGGAGGUGGAGCUCUGGUCUUGUAACAAGUGUAAACAAUUGCCAGGUCUUGGUAAACUACCUUCCCUUAAAUCCCUUCAUAUUGUGGAAAUGGAAGAGGUGAGAAAGGUGGGUGGUGAGUUUAGUGGGGAUGAUAAUAAUGAUGGAAGUGGUGGUGUCGUGUCAUUCCCAAAGCUCCAGACCCUCCGCUUCCAAAACAUGCCAAACUGGGAGGAGUGGGAAUUGAUCGGAGAUGGAGAGUGUAUGCGAUCACUCCAGGAAUUACGAAUGGAUGAAUGUCCAAAGCUGAAGGAGUUGCCCGGUAAUCUUCCACCCCGCCUCCGGAAGCUGAUUUUAACGAUAGGUAAUGAUGGGUUGGAAUCGGGUGGGCCCUUACCCAUCCUCCCCAACCUUAACCAUCUGGUGAUUAGUCGUAAUCCAGAGCUGACAUCGUUCCCUUGUGGUUGGUUGGGGCAACUCAAAGCCCUCCAAAAACUGAAGAUCUGGUUUUGUUCAGAUUUAAGGUCUCUACCAGAGGAGUUGCAACACCUCAGCAUGCUUCAACAAUUGGAGAUAGUGUUCUGUCCACUCUUACAACAGCGCUACAGAGAAGGAGGAGAAGAUCGGGACAAGAUUGCCCACAUCCCCGAUAUCAGAAUCAGUGCUCCCCUUGGAGGUUUACUUAAAAUGCUUUACGGUGAUGUGGCUCCAAGAAGAUGA